AUGCGCUUCUCAAUAAUACCGACUGCAGGCCUCCUACUGACCUUGGCAUUCGCAGCACCACUCAACAAGCGCGACUACGCUCCCUUCCCACUAGUAAACGGCUUCCCAAACCCCUCCCAAGAAACCGUCCUCCAAAUCCAGAAAGACGGCCACGGCACCCUGCCCAACGGCCCUCCACCACCUACCCUCAGUCCCGAUGGAACCACAAACCUCAAACUCAUCGCACUCAACGAACUCUUCGAAGUAGCCUUCUUCACCGAACUAAUGAGCAACGUCACAAACAAACUCCCCGGCUACGACCUCGGCGACCGCCAAGGCUACAUAAUCGAAUCCCUCAAAGCCAUCGUAAACCAAGAGGAAAUGCACGUCCUAAACGCCAACGACGCAUUGAAACACUUCAACACCGCCCCGAUCGAAGGCUGCAAAUACAAUUUUCCCGUCGUCGACUACGAAGGCGCCAUUGCCCUCGCAGCAACGUUCACAGACCUCGUCCUCGGCACUUUACAAGAAGUAUCCGAACUCUUCGCCCGCUCCUCGGAUUUCGGUCUCGUACACGCAGUAGCAUCCGUAAUAGGAAACGAAGGCUCGCAAGAAGGUUUCUUCCGCGCCGAGCAAAAGAAACGGCCAAGCGCCCAACCUUUCCUCACGUCCUCAUCCCGCGAUUUCGCAUUCACUGCUAUCCAAGAAUUCGUCGUGGAGGGCAGUUGUCCGAACAUCGGCACCAUCCCACUCAAGCGCUUCAAACCCUUGGCAGUCGAAACGAAAGACAUCAAAGCGCAGACCCAGAACAUCCAAUUCUCCUUCUCGAUGAAGGACGCAGGUAUGUUUGAGAUUGAUAUGCUCAAGCUGGUUUGGAUUAAUGGGCAGAAUGUGCCGGUUGUCAGGGCGCUGCAGAAUGUGGAGAUGAAAGAUGAUAGGGUUGUGUUUGAGGCGGAGUUUCCGUUUGAGGAGUUUGUUAUGGAGGGGUUGACGAUUGCGGCGGUGACGAUGGGUAAGGAUUCUUUUGAGGGGGUGGGGGAGGUUGCGGAGAAGACGGUGUUUGGGCCGGGGAUUAUUGAGUUGGAUUGA